AUGGCGGUGCUACCAAAUUUCAUUGCUUUGCAAAGAAUCAUUGAAACCCUAUGGAACCACCCAGCGAAAGGAGAAGGAGUUCAGAUCAGUUACGCCGAAAACAAUCUUUACAUAUUUUCCUUUUCUAAUGAUUCUGCUAGAGACUGGGUCCUUGAAAACGAACCUUGGCAUAUGUUUAACAAGCCUUUAAUUUUAAGAAUCUGGGAGCCUAACAUGCAAAAGCUUGAUUUUGAUUUUGCUCAUCUGCCUAUAUGGAUCCAUCUUUACAAUGUGCCUCUAGAAUUAUAUACUCAAUAUGGCUUAAGUUAUAUUGCUAGUGCACUAGGGAAACCAAUCUCCAUGGACUCUUUCACUGCUUCUAAAACUAUAUUGCACUUUGCUAAAGUUUGUGUUGAGGUUGAUGUUAAGAAGAAAAUUCCUGACUCUGUAGAACAAGAUCACCCUGAACCUUCUGAUUCUCACUCAGAAGUUGUUACGGUUAGUCACCCUCCAAUUCACUCUGAUCACACUCCCAAGGACAACUUAACAUCCUCCUCUAUCAUGCUCCAUGCUAAAGAGAAUUCUCCAAUCAAUAAAUCUUCCUCUCCUCUAUCUGAUGAAUCUGCUCCAAUGAAGACUCUUUCACAGCCUCUUCUCUCCCCCACCAAAGAUAAAAAAUCUUCACCUUCAUUUCUUAAAAGAGGUAGAGAAAGACCCCUAAAGGUCAAAACUAAAGUCCCUCUUAAAGGAUCUGCUAACAGGAUUGAAAUCCUGAGUUCAAUUGAUGAAAAAUCCCCUAAUGCUGAAAUCCAACCAGAGAAAUCAAGGCUUGCUGUUUCAAGAGUUGUUAAUCUCCUUAAAGAGUUAAAGACUACAAAGAAAGAGCAUCUAGUUAAAUCUAAGAUUCCUGUAGAUAAAAUAGAAACUUCAAAGUCCUCUUCACAAAACUUUGGCUGCUUUGGAAAAAAGGAAUUGACAUUUCUUUCAUCAACUCUUCUGAUCAAAGUAUCACUGUCAAGUGCCAAUUCAAUAAUAUUCCUUUCAUCAUCACUGCCAUUUAUGGCAGAAACAAUGGCACUAUCAGAAGAGGCUGAAAAUCAGUUCCUUAAGCAGAAAGCCAAAAUUAAUUGGAUCAAAGAGGGAGACAAAUGCUCCAAGUUCUUCCACUCUGUCAUUGCUUCCAAUAACAAAAGAGAUACCAUUAGAGUCCUUAUUGAUUAUCAAGGCAAAAGGUUGGAAUCCUUUGAUCAAAUGGCUACUGAAGUUCUUGAGUUCUUUAAAAUGCAGCUUGGUUCUGCAGAUCCUAAUGUUAAACACACUGAUAUUCAGUUUUUGAAAAAUCUGCUCCACUACGAUAUGCCUACAGAACUUUCCACUGAUCUUAUUAGAACUGUUUCUAAUGAAGAAAUCAAAGAAGCUCUUUUUAGUCAAGGAAAUGACAAAACCCCAGGACCAGAUGGUAAUAGUAUUGAUCCUAAAGUCCAGAACCCCAACAUUGUUAAGGAUUACAAGCUAAUCUCUUGUUGCUCUGUGUUGUACAAAAUCAUCACCAAAAUCCUUGUUAAAAGACUAACCAUGCUGCUGCCAGAAAUUAUUACUCCUAAUCAGUCUGCCUUUGUUAAAGGAAGAUAUAUCAUUGACAAUACUCUCCUAGCUCAAGAACUUGUUAAAGGUUAUGGUAGGAAGCUUAUUUCCCCAAGGUGUGCCCUUAAAAUUAACCUUCAAAAAGCUUUUGAUUCUCUUAGUUGGGAAUUCAUUUCUUACAUCCUCAAAGCUAUAGUGCUGCCAAACAUCUUCAUAAGCUGGAUUGAAUGUUGUUUUACUGAAGCUAGGUACUCUAUAUCUCUCAAUGGUAGUUUGGUUGGUUACUUCAAAGGCCAAAGGGGAUUAAGACAGGGUGAUCCUUUAUCCCCUACCCUUUUUAUGCUUGCCAUGAACAUACUCUCUAAAACCCUUAACCUUGCUACUGCUGCCAAAGGGAUUUUUGGGUAUCAUCCUAAAUGA